CCUCCUCACUCAUCCCCUCUUUCAGGGAAUAUCUGGAGCAGUGCCUGCUUCCUCAGCCCUGAAGUCAUGGCCCUAGGUCCUCUGUGGCUGGGCCUUGCCCUGUGGGGGGCGCUGCACACCCAGGCCCAGGACUCCACUCCAACCAUGAUCCCAGCUCCGCCUCUGCUCAGUCUCCCUGUGGAGCCUGACUUCCAGAAUAAGCAGUUCCAGGGGAAAUGGUACGUCAUAGGAGUGGCAGGGUAUGGUUUUAAAAAAGAAGAUAAUAACAAGUUGAAGAUGUACAUUGACACCUAUGAGCUGAACGAAGACAACAGCUACAAUUUCACCUCUGCCCUGGGCUGGGGCCAGAACUGUGACCACUGGACCAAAAAUCACGCCAUAAAUUUGCAUGUAGGCCAAUUAAACCUGGGCAACAUUGAACGUUACAAUAAUUACCUGAGGUACACUACACGAGUGGUGACGACAGACUACAAUCAGUUUGCCAUAAUGUACUUCAAGAAAGUUUACAACAACAAGCAGGAGCACCUCAAGAUCGCCCUCUAUGGGAGGACCAAGGAGCUGCCUACUGAGCUGAAGGAACUCUUCAUCAGCUUCGCCAAAUCCCUGGGCCUCACAGAAAACAACGUCGUAUUCACUCUCCCCAACGGUGCUCUCUGGCUCUCUCCACCCCAUCCUCCUCUCAAUGACCUCUACCCAGGGCAUGACCCAGCUGUCCCCACCAGCCUGGACACCACUGAGAGAGGCAAGAGACCCUUCCUACUGCACAGCCCACCAGCUGGUCCCCAGACUGCCCUGUUGACAGAAUCUCUCUGGCUUACUAAAUAAACACAUGUCCCCCAGUC